AUGCUUCUGUAUCUCGUCAUCGCGGGCGGGGUCGCUUGGGGUCUAUGGACGCUGCUACGUCCGCUCUUUGUGAAGUCGCCAUUGGACGUCGUCGCGGGUCCUCCAUCCACGUCGAUCGUAGCUGGUAAUCUUGGCGAGCUCUUCGACUCGGAAGCUUGGGGAUUCCACGACAAGGUCUCCAGCCAGUACGGGGGCGUUGUGAAGAUUAAUGCCGUAUUGGGGCGCAAGUGGCUCUAUGCAUUCGAUCCCGCUGCCUUGCAGAGCAUCGUUCUUAGAGAGCAAGGCACAUAUGAUCAGAUUGAGUGGCUCAUCCGAUCCAACAACAUGCUGCUUGGCUCGGGUCUCUUGAGUGUCCUUGGUGACACGCACCGCAAACAGCGCAAGAUGCUCAUGCCUGUGUUUUCGGCUAAGCACCUACGUGAUCUUACACCCGUCUUUUACGAAGUCACGAACAGGCUUGUCGAUGCGAUUUCACAACGUGUCCAAGACGCCCCUCGGGAUCUCGACAUGCUCGAGUGGAUGGGCCGGACUGCUCUGGAGAUCAUCGGCCAGGCUGGAAUGGGGCACUCGUUCGAUUCUUUGACAACAGACGAUGCAACGGAUCCGUUCACCAGGGCUGCAAAAGACUACCUGUACAUGAUGAUUGUGCGGCAAACUUCACCACUCCUCCUUCAGCUGGGUCCAGCUUGGCUCCGGCGCUGGAUUGUCGACCGCAUUCCCAUCCCACGGACACAGAAGCUGAAGCGCGUGGUUGAUAUCUUGCACCAGACGUCGGUGAAGAUCAUCGAGGAGAAGAAGGCUGCCCUCCAGAAAGGGGAGUAUGCCGCCGGCAAGGACAUCAUGAGCGUGUUGCUCAAGGCCAACAUGGCCGUCGAGGAGGCCGACCGGCUACCAGAUGAGGAGAUUGUAGGACAGAUCAACACCCUCCUGUUCGCGGCUACGGACACAACAUCACACGUCAUGGCGCAAGUCCUACAGCUCCUUUCCGAACACCCCGAUGCACAAGCCAAAGUCCGAAGGGAGAUCUUGGAAGCGGGCGACGGGUACAUUCCUUACGAGAAGCUGCACUCGCUACCCUAUCUCGAUGCGAUCUGCAAGGAAACGCUACGCAUGUACCCGCCAACUCCCAUCGUACUACGCGAGGCAUUCCGCGACACGACUCUUCCUCUCUCUCAGCCUAUGCGCGGUAGCGAUGGGUCUAUGCUCAGCCACAUCCCCAUCCCCAAGGGCACCAACAUGCUCGUCGGCGUUCGGGCGUGCAAUCGCAAUAAGGCGCUAUGGGGCGAGGACGCCGAGGAGUGGAAGCCCGAGCGCUGGCUCGCGCCCCUCCCAAAGGCCGUGGAAGACGCGUCUAUUCCUGGAGUGUACUCCAACCUCAUGACGUUCGUUGGUGGAGGCCGGUCUUGCGUCGGCUUUACCUUCUCACAGCUGGAGAUGAAGGUCGUAUUGUCGAGCUUGCUCGCCAACUUUACCUUCCAACUGUCCGAGAAGCCCAUCUUCUGGCACAUCUCAGCGAUAACCUUCCCGAGCGCGGCCAAGGACAGCCUGAAGCCAGAGAUGUGGCUCAAAGUCGGACGGUGCACCGGCGAGGCCGCAUGA